AUGGCGCUGCACCUUUCUCGCUCGAUUCUAUUCACCCUUCUCUUCUGUUCGGUAGCCAGCGCAGGCAGACGAAAAUGCGUCCGUUCAUCCACUCUUUCCACCAUCUCCACACCGUUGGAUUCAGCCAUCAGCGCCACGCCCACCACUAGCCAGAUCAGCGUCACUCUUUCGACUCCAACGACUCUUUCUACCGUCGUCUCUCCUUCUACCCCGGGCACAUCCGAGGCUAUUUCGCCAACCACAUCGGCAACUCCUUCUGCUACCGAGACGACCACGCCAAGCAGCAGUCAAGGAAGCCUGUCAACACCUUCAGCCCCUAGCUCUGGGACUCCCACUCCCAGCUCUGGUACCGCGACCCCAUCAGGGACAUCAACGCCAGAGACUGGCAUCUCAACCCCAGCAACAAGUUCUGAGGCCGCUACGCCUAGUACACCGAUUGCAUCAACGACUGAGAUUUCAACCCCAUCCACAAUUGAGACCCCAGUCUCGUCAACGACUCCAACGACUGAGAUUUCAACCCCAUCUACAUCCGAGACUCCAGCCUCAACCACAGCGACGCCAUCUGCAUCAGAAAUCAGCACUCCUUCAGCCCUUCCUUCAACUGGAUCAUCAACUCCCAUAUCAAGCACGGAGACCCCAUCUACCUCAGAUGCUAGCUCUGUCGCUUCCACGCCGGGAACCCCAACCCCAAUUUCAAGCACUGAAACGCCAUCUGCAUCAGACUCGAGUACCAUAGCCAGUAGCACUUCAACCACGCCAUCCGUGACUCCCAUCUCAAGCACCGAGAUCUCAUCCACGCCAGUUGCUAGUUCUUCCACAAGCGAGCUCUCACCCACGUCAACACCAGAGGCCACAUCCACAGCACCUGAAUCUUCCACCCCUUCAUCGACUGUGCCGUCAACAACCACAUCCAGCCCGCCCCAACCCACGUGUGACAACGUAACGCCCAUCAAAAACGGAGACUUUGAGACAGGCUUCCUCACCCCAUGGAGGCUCAGCAACAGCAACACCGUCCAGACCACGGUUAGCCCCGGUGGCUACGCCGGGACCAACUUCAAAUUCAACACGUUCAACUUCGACUCCUCCGUGUAUCUGGAGAUGUACCAAGACGUCCAGACCUGCGGGAACACCCGGUUCUUCUGCACGUACUGGUGGAAGUGGGACAAGUACUACGCCGUCACGAGGAAGGGCACGACGUACGUCCCCUACGUGCGCAUCUGGCAGGGCAAUACGGUCAUUGGAAAUCGGUACCCGGAGAGCGACGCGGACACGGGGGUGUGGCUCAGGGGCAGCUUCGAGUUCACCACGCCGACGGAUGGGACGUCGAGGAUCUGGAUUACUGGUGAGAGUCCUCAGAAUCCCGGCCCGAGUAGGAGGAAUUCGCUCGCUUUGGACGAGAUUCAGUGUACUGCUUAUAAUUAG